AAUAAGCGCUUAUAGAAAAGUCCUGACAGCAAUGGUGCAUGCAUCAUGAUAUAUAUAUUUUUUUAAUUUGUCAACUGAAUCAGAAGUCCUGCAAGCUAUCUAUGUUCAACUAAUCGUAAUAAAUCUGCUACCACUUGCUAGACUUCAAUGUCUCUAUAUAGCCCUCAAUAACAGAGAGAAAUCAAACAGAUCCGAAAAGUAAAUAGAGAUGGACGAUGAAGUGAAGUUAUUGGGUUCUUGGCUGAGCCCCAUGAGUCGCCGAGUUGAAGUCGGCCUCAAGCUUAAAGGCGUCUCCUUUGAGUUUUCAGAUCUGGAUGUCUUCUUCUCCAAGCCUCCUGAGCUUCUUCAGUACGAUCCUGUGCAUAAGAAGAUCCCAGUACUUCUCCAUCAUGGACAACCUAUUGCAGAGUCGCUCAUCAUUCUCGAAUACAUAGAUGAAACCUGGGCUGAUUCUGGGAUUCGCCUUCUUCCAAAGGAUCCUUAUGAGAGAGCCAUGGCGCGCUUCUGGGCCAAGUUUUUCGACGACAAGUGUAAUCUUACUCUAGGGAUGUCAUGUUGGACAAAGGGAGACAAGCAACAACAAACCUUGGCAGAGUCCAAGCUGAGUCUUACCACCUUGGAAGGAGGUUUGAAGGGUAAAAAAUUCUUUGGAGGAGAUGAGAUAGGAAUUGUAGACAUUAUAGUGUUCUGCUCUGUUUACUGGACUGAAAUAGCUCAAGAAGUGGUUGGAGUGGAUGUUAUCAAUGAAGAAAAGCAUCCUGUUCUAUGCAAAUGGAUGAAGGAAACUGUUAACUCGAAUGUGCUGAAGGAUUACAUGCCUCCAAGAGAGAAACUUCUUUGUCAUUUCCGGACUUAUAAAGAUGACAUUGCUGCUUUAAUGAAUGCUAGAUUUGGUUCUAAUUAGUUGUUUGGUGAAGAAAACAUGAUUGGAGUUUUUACUUUGUAUGCUGUAUCAGUUGUUUGAUGUUGUGAUAUGCAUGAGAUGAAUUUGGUCACUUAUAAAACUACCUUCCAUUUUAAAUUUGCAGGCUUCUUUUUCA